ACGCUUGCCGGGUUACGUCUCCUAUAUCGCGAAUCUGUCAAUUACUAGUGUUUCCACGUGCUGCGUGCGCUUUUCUCUUAACAUUUCCGCGCAUGUAUAUCUAUUAACAUUAUAUACAUAUAUAUUUGUAUACAUGUAGUAUAUACAUUUAUACAAAAUGUACAUUUCCGUCCAAACGUGCCUUUGUCUCGUUUGUUCUUUCAUUUAUUCACGAGAUCAUACAAAUGUAAACACUCCGUAACGUUCUUUCUCCGUCCUCUAGCCUUUACAAUUUCAUACUUUGAUUCAUAUACAAUAAUAUAUUCCACUGAAAAUUUAAACAAAACAAAAUUUAUCAAGUGUCAUGAUUCAUGAUAUUAUUUUUUAAAAAGUUAUAAAUAUGUAUACACAUAAUGUACUUACAUUUAAACUAACAAACAGAGAGAGGCAGAUUUAAAUUACAAUCCAAUUGUAUUUUUGUACUCAAUAAAUUAGUAAAAAAGAUAAAAUGCGGACUUUAUUAUUGAACCGGUGACGAACUUCAGUAAUGCUGUUAGCCCAGGGAGCUACUUCAAUAGUAACGAUUGCCGGUAUUGUUGAAGAGGAGGAAUACGCCAACAGUGAGGCACACAGCGGUCGAUACGAUGGCUACGUAACUGAUCACACGGAUCUUGGAUCCGAAAUUGAUAUCGACGAGUCUGAGUACCGACGUGAACUUUUAAAUGACAAAUGGCGAAUGCUAUUCGACAAGUUCGAUCCAGAGGGUUUUGGAGAAAUACCACGGGAGGAUUUUCUGCAGGCUUUAACAAGUCCCGAAUGGAGAGCGGAAAUCCCAGUGAACAAACGGGACAUUCUUCUGGCCCGUGUAAAGGAAUCUCUCGCCGACGCCAUCACGUUUCAGGACUUCGUCAAUGUGAUGAGCGGAAAAAGAACGAGAAGUUUCGAGUGCGCAGUUCACCAUCGUGACAGAGAAGUCUACUCCGAAAAUGAUUUCCAUCUUCUGAUUCACGAGCCCCCACUUUUCCACAGGAUGGUGCGCAUGAUUGGCGAUGAAUUUCUAACCGAGGAACGGGACAGAAAGUAUUACGCUGAUCACUAUACCUGCUGUCCGCCUCCACUUUUCAUUAUCCUUAUUACCCUAGUUGAGCUGGGUUUCUUCACGUACUACACAGUGGCGAUGGGUGAAGUAAAUCCGUCUGGACCGGUACCAAUUGACAGCGUUUUCAUCUAUCGACCAGACAAACGUCUUGAGCUCUGGAGGUUUGCCUUCUACAUGUUUCUACAUGCUGGGUGGUUACACCUGCUGUUUAACCUGGGGGUACAGGUGGUCGUGGGACUUCCCCUUGAAAUGGUGCAUGGGAGUUUGAGGAUCGCUGCAGUCUACAUGGCCGGAGUUUUAGCCGGUUCACUGGGAACGUCAGUUUUUGACACAGAUGUUUACUUAGUCGGCGCUAGCGGUGGAGUUUAUGCUCUUCUAGCAGCUCAUCUGGCGAACGUCCUGCUUAACUACAAUAACAUGGAGUUCGGAAUUGUUCGGCUGAUCGGGAUCUUCAUCAUUGCCAGUGCAGACGUGGGCUUUGCUAUCUACGACAGGUACGCGGCCGAACAGAUGGGCCCACCUGUCUCGUACGUGGCGCACCUGACGGGGGCGCUGGCCGGACUCACCAUUGGUCUGCUCGUCCUCAAAAACUUUGAGCAACGAUUGCACGAACAGCUACUGUGGUGGGUCGCCCUCGGUGUCUACGCAGCCUGCACCAUAUUUGCCAUCAUGUACAAUCUCCUCCAUCCUGACUAUCCCUGACGUGAGGUCAGCUUCGCGUAUGGUGUUCCCAGACACACGUAACGCGAAGCUGCGUUCAAGGAUCUCAUUGUCACGUCCUCACUAAUCGUCUUCAAGCUCGUGAGAAUGACCGUCAUUGUCAUCAACAGAACGCUGAGAACGAAAGUGUCGAGGGUGGCGACGUUUUUAAAUUUCUGUGGCAACCUGGGAGAAAGGUGAUGAUGAUGAGGCCAGUGGAAAAUGUACCAAAGAAAAUAAUCCAAGGAGUAAAAACAAAAUAAAAUAAAAGUAAAAAUAAAAAUAAAAAAAAAAUAAAUAAAUAAAUAAAUAAAGUAGAAUCCGGCAGCAGUAGUCGAGUGUCUGAGCUGCAGGUCCAGCCGUCAGGCGUUACGUCUUACACAAAACAAUUUAACCCGACGUCAGGACACCCGGGUUUUGGAAAAAGUAAAACUCCCUCGACGACUGCCAGUGAAUAAAUCUGCUGGAGAGCAAGAAGAAUGGAUGGAAACGUACAUCUCUAAAGAUAAGAAGAUAUAUAUGUUAAGAGAAAAUGAGAAAGCGAAGUAAAAAUAGGAAAAGAGAAAAUAAAGAAAGAAACGUCAACACACAUGUACAAGCAAAAUAAAAAAAUGUAUAUGGAGAUGUGUGAAUCGACGAGCGAACCCAAUUCCUUUUCCAUUCGUUUCGAAUCUGUCGUUUGCCUCGUAUCGCUCGACUUAUUUUCCUAGAGUGCAUACACAAGAGUCGGACCGGAGAAAAGAUGCGCCGAGGGGCUAAAGAACUUGUGAACUAGACAGGUGGCUGCUCCGGACGCUCGCUCUUAGCGCUCGAUAUCACAACAAGACUGAAUAUCAUUGAAAUUUAUUUAAUUCCCAGCUGAAAAUAAUGAGAUCAAUGACACACAUGCACGCAGACACACACCAGGUUCGCCGACGAGGCUCUAGGACAUUCUCGUCAACGAUUUUGUAUAGAAAAUUUACCGUUAAUUAAUACGAUUAGUGAUUGGGAUAAAAAUUAUAAGAAUACAUAGUCAACUUUUAAAGUUACAAAUGUAUAUUAUGCAUAUAUAAACAUAAAUUACCGUCUCAUUGCGAAAUUGUCAUCGGUUUAUUUUAUACACGUAUAAUAUGCACACAAUGUAAAUAAUAAUAAUAAUUGUAGUAAUUUAUGUACAGCGAAUCGAGUCGAAAAGAGAAUAGAGAGUGACGUGGGGACUAGAUGCAGUAAUCGGGACGUCCUUGUUUCGAUAUAUCGUUGCGUAACUUCCCGGGGAAAUCAUCCUCGCGUGGCAGAGUUUGCUUUGCUCACCGUCAAGCCCACCGACAUCUGUAACGGUAUCGUUAACGGACACAUAUAUGCACAAUACCUGAAAAUUUAUAAUAAUAAUUACGAUAGUCGUUGGGUUACGAAAUUUGUCCGUUCAGUUUCCCGAGUUUUCCGCUGACCCCCAUCUGAUUUUACGUUCUCGCGAAAAGUUUACUGGGCAUUGAGUGUGCGUGUGUUUUUUUUGUCACUAUUAUUUUUCUCUAUUGUAUUUGUUUAUAUUUAUAUUGUGUUUGUCUUAAGUUAUUAAUUCAUGGUCGUUUAUAUUUAUUGAUAUAUAUAUAUAUAAUAUUUAUUAUUUGUAAGGAAAAUAAGUCUUUGAUAAUUUUACGAGCCAAAAGUAUAUAUUUAUAAAUAUUGUACGUGCGUUAAUAGUUUCAAAUUAAUAGUUUGUUAUUGAAUAUAUGUUUUUUUUUUUUUUAAUUAAUUUAAUAUUUGGUGAAUCUAUAGUCAAUUUAAAACUCCAUAAAUGAACGUCUCAGACAUUCCGAUGCAUAAUGUUAAAUAAAUUCUCGUCACAGUUAGAGUACUAUUUUUUAUGCUGGAUAAUCUACAUUCGUAGCACGUGCAGAAUGAGAAGAAGAAGAAGAAGAGUAAAAAAAUAAAAAAAUAAGACUAAGGAGUAAGAAGACGGCAGAGCACAAGUAUAAGAUCGGCGAGAAUAAAAAAAGAUGUAAUAAAAAAAAUGGCACAGCCCUAAAUGGGAUUCCAAUGGGAAUUGAGAAAAAUACAUCUUAACGUCUUCAUUCGUGCGUAACGUUUAUUUAGAUGAGUUAAAUAACUAGUUUAUUUAAAUAACCGAUUAUCAUAAUUAUCAACAUUAUCUCGCUCUCGACAAUCUAACGAUUAAACAACGUUAUUAUUUUGUCAAGUAAAGUAAGAAAUGGGAGUGAUGAACGAUGCUAGUCAAUUAGUACCGACGAGUUGGUAUUAGAGAGCCAUUUAACGGUGGUACCUUUAAAAACUUUAGCUAUCACGGCGUAAUCCACUUGAGGUCCUUGCCGAAAAGAGAACAAGUCAGUGAGCCCUCACAGACACACACACACACAGCCACCUUACACCUUUAUGAUAUAGAGACAAAGAAGUGAGCAGGGAAAUUCUCGAGGGUGAAUUGGCAUCACAAAGCGUAAGAGAACAGUGGUCGGUGGCGAACGACACGUUGCUGCUGGUACUGGUACUGGUUCUGGUACUGGUAUAGAUAUACUAGCACAUCUAGAACCACAUCUACAUCUACAACUACAACUACAACUGGUAUAACAACAACUGGUACUACUGCUGCCGCUGUAUAGGAGCGUUGGAGUAAUUACGUGUGAAUAAUUAAAUCUCUACCGCUUGCUCAAACGAAACAAGAGUAGAGAGAGAGUAGAUAACCAUCGGCCGACAAACGCCGCCCGGGAUACUCUUCUGGCUAUAAUGUAAUAUAAACCCAUACUACCACACUACCAACUGAUUCUUUAAGUAAACCGAGUGUAGUGUAGUGUAGUGUAUAACGAAACCUCUACUCGCUGUUGUUUAAACUUUGUUCAACUUUAUACCUCUUAGACGUCGAAUAUAAAUAUAUAUAUAUAAAUAUAUGAAUAUAAAUUUGAAUAUUUAUGGAUGUAUCGUCAUUAAAUGACGUAGAAAACGAUUGAAUAGUCAUAUUUAGAGUUCUCUAUUAUCACACAGAUAUUACCGUUAUCGUAUUCAGCAAAUGGUCAAACUAAACAUUACGUUUAUUAUUUAUACUCGUCUAUGAUUUUAACGAUAUUGUGUUAUUAUUAUUGUUAUUUAUAUUAUUAUCAAUAUUAUUGUCAUUAUUAAUAUUAUUAUUAUUAUUAUUAUUGUGUACAGAGUGCAUUAAAGUGUGAAUAUAGAGGAAGAGUGGAGCGUACUCGCGUGCUUUCACGUGAUAAUAUUAUUAUUUAUUGUACUAUUGUUAGGGUAUUUAUUGAAUACUGCCAAACGGAUUAAAAAAAAAUGUUUAUAAAUAUAUAUUUUACUAUAAAGGCAACGCGCUCUGGUAUUGUAACGAUCUUUCGCUAAAUAAAUUAAGUGUUGCUGAGACCGCGAGGCGCGAUACUGAUAUCUAUGUGCAGCUAUGGGAGUUAUGCCAAAAUUUUAAUCUCCAUUAAUAUCGAUAUCGAUGUCGGUAAUUAUUAUUUUGUUUAUCGGGGUUUUGUUUAUCGCCUGUCUCAUCAAUACCGAUACUUAAUGGUCCUUACGUAAUUAUUAUUAAUUAAGGCCGCGAAUAUUAUUUAGAACGAGAGAUAUUCCAUGCACAUUUAUUCAUGAUUCUGAAGUUAGCGGACAGUUUUUAAUUUUUGGAUUUAUUUUUCGAAUAUUCAAUUUGAAAAAUAAGGAAAAAGAAAAAAAUGCACGUAUAGGAAAUUUAAAAAACUAUAGGUGCAAUUUUUUGAAAUAUUUUUUUUUUAAUAAUUUAUCGUUUUUCAAAAACAUAAAAAUAUUUUGUCGGAGAAUUUCAGUAUCAUAUUUAUAUGAUCCUGUAGUUAGCAGACUUAAAAAUUUAUUGAUUUAUUUUUCAACAAUUCAAUUUCAAAAAUUAAAAAAUGCACAUGUAGAAAAUUUAAAAAAUUACAGGUGCAAUUUUUUGAAAUAUUGUUUUUUUUUUAUAAUUUAUCGUUUUUCAAAAAUCUAAAAAUUAUUUGUCGGAGAAUUUCAGUAUCAUAUAUAUAUGAUCCUGGAGUUAGCAAACUUAAAAAUUUUUGAAUUUAUUUUUCAAAUAUUCAAUUUAAAAAAAAAAAAUGCACAUGUAGAAAAUUUAAAAAACUAUAGGUGCAAUUUUUUAAAAUAUUAAUUUUUUCAUAAUUUAUCGUUUUUCAAAAAUCUAAAACUUGUUAGUCGGCUAAUUUCAGUAUCACAUUUAUUCCGAUGGUUACGCGCACUACUUUACAAAUUGUCUUCUAUAUAGUUAUUAUAUUUAAAUAUUAAAUAAAUAAAAUUUGUCUGUAUGAGUGGACACUGAUCUCUGGAAAAAGUUUAAGUUCUUUGUAAAAAAAAAUUUGUAUAUAGUCUAUAGAUACGCGAGUUGUAUCUGAUAGGAGGAAUGUGGGAGAGUAAAAUGUGUGAAUGCGAAUGAACAUUUGAUGGAGGAGAAAAGGAAAGGGUUGAAAGAAAAGCGAGAAGGUAAAAAUGCUGGUGAGAUAGAGUAAGAUCGAUAUAAAAAAAAAGUAAACCGGUGUGUAUCUGGACAGCCAGCGAGUGAAAGACAGAGCCAGAGGUAUGAGACGAGUAUAAAAUAUUGAUGAUAAAUUGUCGGUGUUCUUGUCACACGUCGUUUAAACUAACGACACGUAUCAAUUUUUCUGCUCACUCGGUCAAUUCUACCCGCGCAUACUUACACUGCCGGGUAUAAUUUUUAAAAAUACCCUUUUCCAUUUCUAUAUUUUCAUUCUUAGCUCUUUUACUAAACGCGCAGAUGGAAAAAUUUAUUAUCCAUCAUUUAUUUUUUUUAUGUCCUACAACUCGUGUGCACUUGCGCUCACUUACAUUACAUUAAUACUUUGUCGUAUCGCUUUGUCGCUGGUUCACAAGCCGCCGUCGCUUUCCAACAUAACCGACUCGCAGGUGUCGUUACGUUAUUUGCACUAUGCUAUGUAUAUAUCUAUAUAUAAAUAUAUAUAUAAGCAACACGCGCAUUUUACCCUGCCGACGUCCAUCUCAGUCUUUUUCUUUCUCUCCUCUCUCUCUCUCUCUCUCGCUCUCUUGGAGUCCUUACUCGCUGUUAUGUACUUUGUGAGAGAACGAGAGUAAAAUAAAAGAAGCUUAUAUAUUAUACUCCCAUCUGCGUCCUCGCGAGACUUGCAAUCCCCGACUGCCACAGCUUUUUUUUCAUUUACUCGCGCAUUCGCGCUCAACAGAGAAUACCUACUUACUUAAUUUAUUUUUUUUUCUUUUAUAUAUACGUACAUGAAAAAAAGAUUUUUUGGUGUAAGAAAUAUUUUGCACUAUGAAUUGAAGACAAAAAUUCUCUUAGAACUAGAAAAAUUUCUUGAUCUAAGAAAGUUUUAUUUUCAUCUUCUAAUGUAAAAAGUUUCUUGGGACAGGGAAAAAUUUACUCAGAAAUAGAAAAAAUUUUCUAUUAAAUAGAAUAAAUUUUCUAUUUUCAUUUUCCGGUACAAAAAAUUUCUUAGGACAUAGGAAAAUUUUUCCUUGACCCAAGAAAAUUUCCUAUUUUCAUUUUCUAAUACAAAAAAUUUCUUAGAAUACGGGAAAAUUUUUUCUUGACCCAAGAAAAUUUUGUAUUUUAAUUUUCUGAUGCAAAAAAUUUCUUGGGACAAAAAAAAUUUUCUUAAAAUUAGAAAAAAUUUGUCGAUGGAAAAAAUUCUUUCUUGACCCAAGAAAAUUUUUAUUUUCAUUCUCUAAUGCAAAAAAUUUCUCGGGACAGGUGAAAAUUUUUUUUGAAAUGAGUAAAAAAUUUUUUUCACCAAGAAAUCAUUUUUUUCUGUGCAUAUAUAUUUUAUUCAUAAUAAUUUUGUGGUAAAAAAAAGUUUAAUAGAAUACUUAAAAUUUUUUGCAAGUUUCGCGAGCCAGUGGUAUCAUAAAAUGUAAAUAAAUUUCCGUACGUGUACAGAUGUAUGCUUAAAAAUAAAUAUAUUUAUAUUAUAAACCUAUAAUUAUUAUUAUUACGAUAAAUUGUAAUAUUAUGAUAAUAAUUUAUCUUACCGUCAGUCAAAAAAAAAAAAAUAUCCACAAGCCAAAGAAGUGGAGCUAGUAAAGUUUAUUGAUAAUAAAUAUAUAUUGUAAUAAUAAAUAAAUGAAAA